UGGGCAUAUAAUAUGUUUUGAGUUGAUUAUUUGGGUUGUUACUUGUUAAACAAGAACAGGGGUGAUCCAGAUUUGACUUUUGUCGUGUUUUGACGCUGAAGAUCAGAAGUUUCUAAUAAGAGAAUAAGCCGCCCACCGUCCCAUCUUCCACACUACGUACGUAAGCGCAUCCGUGUGAAGCUGUGGAUUGCUGGCAUAGGUAGGACCCUCUCUUUUCUGUGCCUCACCUUAUAUUACUAACUUUCCUAGUUAGUUCUAGAAGAUUUCACUUAUCCAUCCAAUAUUAUAUAAACAUACAUACCUAUUCAUGGAUUGAUCAUGUCUAUUAGUUGGGCAGAUUUUCUAAUCAGCGUUGUUUAGAAUGGAAAAAUCGAGAAGCAUAUGAAGACCGAACCAAUAUCCAUGUGAAGGGGUAAAAGUCAAAGAUCGAGCUCCUUACGCUUCAGCUAUUCCUUAAAAAGAUGAAAAAGUCAUAACUUGGUGGCGAAGAAUAAUAUAUUUGCGAAAUUAGAAAACGAGCAAUGGUGCAUGCGGGGGCCCUGCUAUAAAUAAGAGCGUUGAAAACACGGGAAGCACCAAAAUUCUGGCGGCGAUCGAUUUCUGUUUAUCUGGUCGGAGAAGAAGACAUGGAAGGGAACAGCUCUUACGGCACAUCGUGGGCGGACCAGUGGGAUUAUGGCCCAGACCCGGCGGCCGUCGACGCGAAGGACAACCACACCGGAACCGCCAAAUAUAAGCAGAAGCUCGGAGACGGGCUCGGAAAGACCAAAGCCGUCGCAAAAACUGGCAUGUCCAAGUUGAAGGACGGCACCUCCGCCGGCCUCCAUUGGAUCAAGACCAAGUACAACAAAACCUCCACUAAAUCCUGAUCUCUUCCAUCCACUCCACGCUCACGCCCCUCAUAUAGGCUUUUUCGUUUUCUUUUCUGGUUUUUUGUAACAUAUUUAUCAUAUACGCCUUGCUUUUCUUCUUUUUCUCUCCCUUUUAUAUUCAUUUAUUCUUCAUCUGUACACUGUAUUGGAUUUUCGGUCUUUUCAUGGCAUCUAUGCAUUUUCCUCUCUCUGUGAUGGCCAAGGAUAUCACUUCCGGACUCGAGUUGGAAGGCCCACAAAUUCCGCCCGUUUUGUUUAUUGAUUUAUUACUGAUGUGGUCUAAAA